AGUGUCUCCUAUUCAUGUGUGUGUGUGUGUGUGUGUGGACUUGUGGGUCUUUACUGUUAUUGAUAUUAUUUGCUAUUGUAUCGGGGCCACCAUCGCCACUCUGCAACUCGCGUAGCGCUGCACCUGCGCCGUCCUCUCUUACUUCCCUGCUCUUGGCUUGUAAUUACCGCGCCGAACAGAAUUCUGUCAGCUUGCCAAUCAAAGACCGUUUCUUUCACGAGGAAAGAACCAAAGAAUACACAGGCAGAUAGAUAUAUACAUAAACAAGCAAACACCUAUUUCUAUAUCUGUACUGCAAAAAUGCGAGAACUCGCGCAGCUGCCGCGCUAUCGCGACCCCAUCACCCGCAGCGUCGCACGCCUCCUCCUGCGCAGUCUGCAGGAACAGCACCGCGCCCCUUCGUCCACCGUCAUCGAAUUUGAGGCCCGCUUUGGGCAGCAGGUGGGCCUCAGCAGCACCCACCGCCACGAAUUUCCCGUCGCCGUCGCCACGACCGCAGUCAUCGACUCCCUGCACAACAACCUCUACACCUUCGAAUCGGGUGUAACGCGGCCCAUCAUGGCCGGCGUGGAGCUCGCGUUAAUGAGGCACGGCAUUGCCUCAUCGAGCGACAUUCAUGACCGCGGCCCUCGCUACGCGGUUGACGGUGUAACUCUGUCGUGGGGAAGUGAGAAACGGCUGCUAUGCGACACUGGAACGUUAGUGGAGAUGCAGCAUCGGGCAAGGAGGGCGGGCGGCAGCGGCAGCAACGCGUCGUCGUCAUCGCCCGUUGAAUUGCGGAAUCCUUUUCUGUUUCAGUACGCCAUCCUGAUGCAGAGUGCGUGGGAAAAGAAGCGGAUUGCACGAGCUGACGUGUGCUGCCCGGGCUGGUGCGCCGACCUCCGCUUCUCCGUCGCGGCUGAGGUGGCCAUUCCCAUAGAUCCGUUCGAGAUGGUGGCGACGCCGCCGGAACUCAUGCGCUACCGUAAUCGUGCCUCCCUCCCCGUAUCACCGUUUUUCACCAUCUACCUCACGCAGUCCCUCACGAGCUACGACCUAUUGUGGCACCCCUCACACAGCCUCUCCACCUUUUGCAGACCGAGCGACGUGGCGAGGCUGGGCCGAGGGACGGUCAUCCCAACCCCCGCCCCGUUCCUGACGCGGCACUCGCGGAAACGCAAGACGUACGCCCGGCAAAGCGGCCUGAGGAGUCCCGCGACGUCGCCGUCGCACGUGCACGAAAUCGAAGUCGAGGUAAAUGUGAAGGCGGUACUGCAGGCGUGGAAGAAGGCGUACGGUGGCGCCGCCGCGUCAGCCUACCUGUCCUCGGCGGAGUUGGUGAGCACGACCGUCGCGGGUACCUCCCACGACAUCGCCCCUUCUGCACCGCUGCGCGCUGACCAGAUCACGGACGCCGAGGUGCGCGCGUUUGCGCUGGCGGAGCGCGAAGAUCCGUUUCUCCUGCGUGUUGCGGAGGAGUACAUGGCUCUGCUGCAGUUUAUCGGGCAGCUGCGCACGGUUGUGUGA